CUUCAUAUUCAGCCGUGACGGAGACGAAACGAACUCCUUUUUUUCUUCAUCUUCCGGAGCUCGAGAGAAGAAACGAAGGGAGAUGACGAACCCCAGCGGCGCACAUAUCCUGGUAUUCCCUUUCCCUGCGCAGGGGCACAUGAUACCCCUCCUCGACCUAACCCAUCAUCUAACCGUCCGUGGUCUGUCCAUCACAAUUCUCGUCACUCCCAAGAAUCUCCCCAUCCUCAAUCCACUCCUCUCCCAAUGCCCCUCCAUCCAAACUUUAGUCCUCCCUUUCCCAAAAUACCCCUCCAUACCCCCCGGCGUAGAGAACACCAAGGACCUCCCUUCCAAAAAUGCCUUCACCUCUAUGAUACACGCCCUGGGCGCACUCUACGAUCCUAUCCUCCAAUGGUUCCAAUCCCACCCUUCUCCACCCACCGCCAUCAUCUCGGAUUUCUUCCUUGGGUGGACCCACCGCCUCGCCUGCCAGAUCGGAAUCCCACGCGUCGUCUUCUCGCCGUCUGGCGCCCUCACGCUCGCGGUCGUUAACUCCCUCUGGCGCACCAUGCCCAAGUUACCAGACCCCGCUGACGUGGACGCCUCUUUAUCCUUCCCUCACAUCCCUAAUUCCCCGAAAUACCCCUGGAAACAUCUGUCAUCCCUGUAUAGGAGUUACAAGGAGGGAGACCCAGUUUCGGAAUUCAUAAAAGAGGGGAUGCGUGCGAAUCUGGUGAGUUGGGGAUUCGUUUUCAACUCGCUCAGUGAAUUGGAAGGCGAGUAUCUGGAGCACUUGCGGAGGGAUCUGGGGCACGCGCGCGUGUGGGCGGUGGGGCCCCUGUUGCCUUCGGUCGAUGUGGCUCCCACGGAACGUGGCGGAGCAAGCUCGCUGCCAGCUGGCGAGGUGAUGAGCUGGCUCGACCAGUGUACGGACGGAUCGGUGAUUUAUGUGUGUUUCGGCAGCCAGGUCGUGCUGACUCGACGCCAGAUGGAGGCGCUGGCGGACGGCUUGGAUGCGAGUGGGGCCCGGUUUGUGUGGUCCGUCAAGGAGCCCACGGGCGGUCACGUGGCGGGGGAGUACGGUGUGAUCCCUGCCGGGUUCGAGGCGCGCGUGGCUGGACGGGGGCUCGUGAUCAGGGGGUGGGCUCCACAGGUGUCGAUACUGGGCCACCGGUCGACCGGGUCGUUCCUGUCUCACUGCGGGUGGAACUCGGUGCUGGAAGCAAUCGUCGCAGGCGUGCCGAUGCUGGCGUGGCCCAUGGGCGCUGACCAGUUCUUCAACGCCGGCCUGCUUGAGGACCAUUUGGGCAUCGCAACGCGAGUCUGCGGAGGCGCUGAGUCAGUUCCUGACUCGGUCGAGUUGGCUCGGGCCGUGGCUGAGUCCGUGAGUUGGACCUGGCCUCAACGGGCCCGAGCCAAGGAGCUGAGCCGGGCAGCGGGGGGUGCGGUCAGAGAAGGCGGGAGUUCUUACCAGGACUUGGAUGCGUUGGCUACGGAGCUCCGCGAAGUCGGUGUAAGGACCAAUGACGAGAAGAGGAUUUAGAAAAUGCGUAUCUAUCAGCAGUAAGAUACUGUACUCCACCUGUUUUUUUCCAUGCUCUGGCUGAGGUUGAUAGAUGAUACACGGGCACUAAAAAAAUUUCUAUUUGUAACAUGAAUAAUCUAAUUAAACAGUACAAAUUAUGGUUCUUUGUUUUGAUAUAUCAUUAGCUGAAAGUUAUGUUUAGUU